CGCAUAUCUGCACGCUAUGAUUUGGCAUGGCGGCUUUUCAUGGAGCGAAAUCGAGCGUGCGCCACUAGCCAAAGAGUUUAUCAAAAACCCGUCGUGUACUUCAGAUCUCCUGUUCUUUAGUAAACUGACGAUUGUUUGAAGACUCAAGCAUUUGUUCAGAAACAGAAAUCGUCAGGUAAUCGAGGAAUGUUCCAAUGUAAUUGAAAAACAAUGCCCGAAACUGGCUGACCUUCGCCGGCUCCGGUCUUGUUGGCAGAAGUCUGGUCUUCGCCGCUUCAUUGUGAAUGUGCUGUGGUUACUAACCGCAUUCAACACCGUCUGCACCAGACUGUGCAUGGAAACAGUGCUGCUAGUGCCAGAGCUCUGUGCCAGUCAUUCGUGAUUUGUCAAUGACAAUGAACAUAAUAACUGACAUCGUUUUGAAAUGAGUUUUAAAGUUCAUAUAGUACAUAUUUAUUCUUGUUGCAUUUAACACAACAUGUAUUUGCUUCCUACUCGCCUAUCCAGACAGGUACGGUACUGGCCUCUGACCCCAGGUUAUUUCAGAGAGGGGUCAAGUAUUUAAAGGUCAUGAUUGAGUAGUCUGCUGUGACCUACCUCCAUUGGUAUCAGGGGUUUAACACUGAGCCCAAAAUGUGGCCUGCCCAUGGGGGCCAGUGGGGGGCUCAGGCCCAGCAACAUUACAUGGCCAACGAAGGCACAGACUGGGCUGCCCUUGCCCAAGAGUGGAUCCGCCAACGUUUGGCCGUGGAUGCUUUAGCCCAAGAAGCCAGGGAACAAGAACAGCUUCCUCCUCCCCUCCCCCAGGAAGUCCUGCCGCCCCUACCAGACCAGCCUCCACCCCCACUACCAGGCAACCACCAGGAUAUACCUCACCCUCCACUUAAAGAUGGCAGAGAUCGUCAUGGAGCCAAGCAUUGGCAUGAAGAUGAGAUGCAUAUGCCCCCUCAGCCUGGUGGGUUCUAUGACCGCAGCGGGUGGGAGCCAAUCAACACGCACCUCCCACCCCCGGGUCACCCAGAUUCCCAACUUAUGCCCCCUCAUCCACCCAUGCAGGUGCCUACUCAUUUACCCCCACCUCCGCAUCACCUACCCCCUCCGCACCCCCCAAUGCCUCCACAGCAUCGCUCUUCUCCUCAUCACCACCUACCACCCCCGCCCCCUGAGGAGAAGCCCCCUGUCCAGACAUUCGACUAUGGCCAUGGAACUCAGGGGAACCAUGGCAGCCAUGGUAGUCACAGCAAUGGCCAGGUGGUUCCGCAGACCUUCGAACACAAUCACGGGCUAGGUGUGGUCAGCGUCAAGUCGGAAGUGACUCACUCUGACUCUUCGCAUCGGCACUAUGAGUAUGACAACCAGCAUCAGCCUCCAAGGGAGAUUGAGCAGAUGCAGGAACAGAGUGAGCCGAAGGAGCAACGUUACCAUGACUACCAUCCUCCUCCAAUGCAGCAUCAUGAAGGGAUGUACAUGCAAGAUGAGCAAUCCUACCAACCCAGCCAAGACUUCUAUUAUCCGCAGCAGCAGCAGUCAGAUUGGCACCAUACGGGUCCCAAUCCAGACCCUCAUCAGCCACAUCCAGGCAUUCUGCCUCAUGUUGAUCAGAUGCUGAGGAUGGAUCGUCAUGGCAACAUCAUCCAGGACAGACACUCCCACCGGGGCUACCACGGACAUUCGGCUGAAGAGCCAGAAGCCUUAAGUGCAGUUGCUGAACUUGAUGCUGUUAAGCGCAAGAUGUUACCAGCUUGGAUACGGGAGGGUCUGGAAUCCAUGGAGAGGGAGAAGCAGAAGAAGAUAGAGAAGGAACGGCAGGAGAAAGAGAAGAAAGAACGACUGGAGGCCAGGAGGAAGGCUGAGCAAGAGGUGGAGAACGAAAUCCGUCUAGCUCAGGGCCUACCGCCAAAGUCGAAAUACGAUGAUAGUGAUGAGGAGUCGGAACAUUCCUCCAAGAAGUCAGAGGUAUCUGAUGAUGAUGAUGAGGAGGAUGCAGACAAGGAGAAGGAAGGAUCUUCCUCAGCAAGCAAAGGGGAAGAAGCAGAGCCAGAACCACCAAAGACAGAGGAGGAAGAAAGGGCAGAGAUGAUGAUGAAGGUGAAACAGAUGAUGGUGGAAACUCUUUUGAGUGUAACAACAGAAGAGAUGAGAUCGGUCGCUGAAGAGGUUUAUAAAAGAGCCAAAAUCAAGGCCAAACAAGCCCAGAGCAAGAUCUUGUCAGUGUCCAGCUCCUCUGCACUGGCCUCCAUCUCCAGACUAGGAGGACUGACAUCUUACGGCACUGACAGUGAGGACAGUGGCUCUGAGGAGGAUGAAGAUAAGGAUGAGAUAGACAGCGACGAAGAACUCCAGAUACGCAUCCGAGAGAAGACUAGAGCCUGGGCAAUGCGUAAGAGAGAAGAAGAGGAGGAAUCGGAAGAAGAGGAAACAAACGAUGGAGACAGGAAGAGCAGUGUCAAACAAGAGAUGGCGUCUCCAGAACAAGAGGAUGUCGGACGAGGAAAAGAAAAUAAAAGAAGUCCAGAUGUCGACUCAAAGCCUUCCGUCACUGCCAAAACCAGUGACAAGGAAACAAAGCGGCGGCAAAGACGAAGCAGCUCGCAAAGCAGCAGCGAGUCUGGCAGUGGUAGUAGCUCAGACAGCAGCGACAGUUCUGAGAGCAGCAGCAGCAGCAGCAGCAGCAGCAAUAGUAGCAGCAGUGUUAGUUUGCGCAGUCGCAGCAGGUCGCGUAGCAAAGAACGGCGUAGCCGCAGGAACCGAUCACGCAGCAGAUCUAAAAGUAGAGAGCAAAAGCGCACAAGAUCUCGAGAGCAUCGCCACAAGGAACGCUCACCAACCCCAGAAAGAAAGAGGCAUAGAAAUAGAGAAAAAGAACACCGGCGUAAUCGUGAUCGUGACAGAAGUAGAUCCCGCUCUACAGCUCGAGAGAAAUCCCGUCGCCACUCAAGCCGUGAAAUAACGAGUAGACGACGAGAAUCGCAUCGCAGUUCUCACAGAAGUCCCAGCCCUAAAUCUAGUAGGAAACACAAAAGCAGCAGAAGCAAAAAGCGCGAGAACUCUGAAGAGGAAAUGCGCGAUCACGACAGCUCCUCCAGUCAAAGUACCCCCAAAUCAAGCUCAAAGCGUAAAAAGCGCAGCAAAACAAGCCGACACGAAAGGAAGGAGAAAAGUGAUCACAGCAGGCCACUGUCGUACGAAGACAGCAAGUCCAGAGACUCAGAGAAGCGAAGCCGGGACAAGAAGGAACGGCGAAAACGCUCUAGGUCGCGAUCUCCCGAGCACAAAUCCUCAAGGAGUCGCAGGGAGAAAUCUCGGUCCAGGAGCACAGAGAGGAAAUCAGAUCGCCGUAAGCGGAGGAAGGAGAGGUCAGAGAGGUCAGAGUCCAGGGAGGGGUCCCUGGAAAAGUCACGUAGGAGCAGCUCCGGUAAGAGGUCUGGUCCAGAGCACAGGGAUAGCUCCAGAUAAAGAUGAUCCAACUCAAGCUGGAUCCGAUCUUUAUCUGGAGGGUGAUUUCCUGCUGCCAUGGUAAUUAUGGAUCAAAUAGUGGCAAAUUCAGUUAAGAGUAAAAAAAAGUGGCUGCCAUCAUCUUUGUAGAUUGUUGAAUCUACUGUAUUGGUAUUUCCUGAUUUAUCCUUACGAAAACUCCAGUCGUUCUGGGCUGAUUUCUGCUCAGCACAAACAUUUACCCAUUUUCUGCUUGACUCUCAUGUAAAGUUGCUUCCCAAGUUUCCACCUUUUGUGCAGCUUUCUGGAUCUACCACUAUUGAAAAUUGUCACAGUUUCUCUUUGAGCAAGCUAGCUAUGGAAGAGGAUUGUUUACCAAAUGAAUCAUACUGUUUUGUUUUUGUGGUUUUUUUUUCCGUGGAAUUCACGUAACUAUCAAGCAUUCAAAACGCAUUUAUUCACUUCCUCCAAGCAAACUUGCACAUGUUCGGUAACAGAGAAUUUUACAAAUAUUUGCAACUAUGAGGGUAACUUGACCACUGUUGAGUCCCUGGCUGUACCAGUGGGAAAGUAAACAAAUGAAGUUGUGUGGUGCAGUGGAAACUUUUUAAGGAGAAUACCAUUUAGCAAAAUACAUGUAGUUCAACAGACCGUAUUAUAAAUGAUACCUGUAAUCAAUUUGGAAUAGUUCUCAGUUGUAUCUCCCAAGGACAUGUGAGUGACAGAAUGUUUUAUGGCAUAACUGUCCAGUCUUUAUAGAGCCUGCGUCUUCACUGCAGAUAAUGCAAUCAGAAUUGUAGAAAUUGGGAAUGCAUAUUGCCAAAUGUUUCCUUCCUUUAAUGACAGGUUUGUUACCUCCACUGGAUUUUUUUAUAUAAAAUGUGUAGAAAUAGGCUGUGGAACUUUGUUCUUUGUAAAUCUGUUUUUGUGAUGUCAGUCUUGGCCUUGCCGUCUUGAAGAGUUUGAUACUGAAAGGAAAGCCUUUUCAAAUUUGGCAUGAUAUGGCUGUGACUUUGGCUUCCAAUAUUGUCCUGUUAUUAUCAGUAGUCAUAGCCUCAGAGAGCAGGUCUUAUUGCAAAUGAUGCCUAAGACUGUGUCUAAGGCCGUGUCCGAAACGGACUUCCAGAGCUACGGCUAGGUCUAUUGUCUGCGCGUCUCCACGCAUUUCCAAUGGAGCGAAGACCUAGACCUAGCUCUAGACGAGAGAUUCGGAUGCAGCCUGAAUCUUGGUGCCUAUGGAAAGUUACUGCCGAGUGGCUUAUACCAUUCCAUUGGGUACCUGUUACUGUAUUCUAAGGCACAGCCAAUUACCAGAGGCAUGAGCCACAGGUUCUUGUGAAAAUAGACUGGUGCUUUGCAGAUAUGUCUUGAAUCAUCUUAAUAAGUUGCGCAGUGCACUUUGGAAAUUGAAAUGAUCUUUAAAAAGUUUUGACUAUCAAGACGAGACAGUUGUGAUCAUAAGUUUUAAAACAUGGGAGUUGGACUAUUACUGAUUUUGUAGGGCUGUCAAGUGUGUAGGAAAAGCAAAAGCUUUGUUGCUGAACCCCUCUUGAACUUAAUACCAUAAAUUUGGUGUUCCUUCAGUGAAAGUUUGAUUCAGAGUCUCCACAGUUUGGAUAGGUGUGACAAAGCGAGAACCAAGGACGUUGUUUGAUGCAACUGUAUAAGUUCAAGCCUCUGGCCAUUACAGGUCAAGAUCAGUUUUAGUAGCAUCAAGGUUGAAAGAAAAUGUGAUGUGAAAAACAACAUAGUGUACAGGAAUUUGAAACGGGUGUUUGAAACUUGAUGUUUCAGCAUGAUGUUGAGAUGUAUUCUCUGCUCGUGGAUGGGGGGGAGGAGUUGUUUAAGAAGACUGUAGACAACAAGAACUUGGAGAUUUGCGUCUUUAACCCUAACACUCCUCAGUCCUCCAACAGGUGAAGGAUUGAGGAGGGUUAGGGUUAAGGACUGUUGGUCUGAAACACCUGUCGUACAUAUUAUGGAGUUCAAGAUAAAAUGUUAUCAAAACUGUAAGCCCGAGAAAUGCUUUGGGUGAAGAUGCUGUGAAGUAAGCACAAACCUAAACAGACAUGUCUUGAAGAAAAUGACUUCAGCGAGCCUUCUCAAUCAUUCAUGACCAGGGCCCAAUUUUAUGGCGCGCUGUUUAUCGGGAGCGAAAAAUCGAUGCUUACAGUAGCAGAAAAUUCUGUGCUUGGGGUGAACGUAUUUCAUGGGUUAGCAAGGAAUUUUGGCUUGUGCACAUGCGUACAUCCUGUAAUGAAGGAUUCUGAGCUUAAAAGGUUAGCACAGAAUUGUUCCCGCUAGCCUGGUUAGCGCAGAAUUCUGCGGUAAGCAGUGCCGUGAAAUAAGACCUUGUGGGCCAUGUAGUGAUUGGUUAGAGGUUCUUCAAGAAGCCCUUGUUUGAAUCUGGAAUCAUAACAGCGUUGGUAAAUAGACUGCAUGUCAGGUUGGUUUGUGCAUGUCGGAAAGCGAGCUCAAACCUUGUGCCACUUAUUUGUAUAUUAGAUCCCCAACAAUGUAAUGUGUACAGCUAACGGAAGAUAAAAUGAUGCAAAAGAUACCCUGAAGUGUUGUCAAUGUUAAUAAAUUUUUUUAGUUGAAACUUUCAA